AUGAAUGGGGAGCUUACUGAGAGUUUCAAACCUCAAAGAGGUGUUAGACAAGAUGACCAUCUAUCCCUUUAUCUCUUUGUUUUAUGUAUGGAAAAACUUAGUCACAUUAUUACUGCUAGGGUGUUAAAGAAGGAUUGGAAAGCUGUUAGGACAACGAGGUUUGGUCCUUUAAUUUCGCAUCUUUUCUUUGUUGAUGACUUGAUUCUCUUUGCUAAGGCUUCUGUACAGCAAGCGAUGGUGAUGAAGAAUUCUCUUGAUCAGUUUUGUGAGCUUUCCAAGCAAUCUGCUAAUAUGGGGAAAUAUCUUGGAGUCCCUCUGGUUCAAGGGAGGUUUACUAAGGCUACGUAUAGGGCGGUUCUUGUAAAAGUUCAGGCUAAACUUUCUUCUUGGAAAAGUCAACUGCUUUCUAUGGUUGGAAGAAUCACUUUAAUCCAGUCUAUUGCUUCUUCUAUUCCUCUCUAUACUAUGCAGGCGGCUAAGCUUCCUCAAGUUGUUUGUGAAGAGCUUGACAAGUCUUCUAAAAGAUUUCUUUGGGAAAGUAGUGAGAACCUUCAUAAAGCUCAUUUAGUCAAGUGGGAUAUAGUUUGUUUGCCUAAACGAUUGGGAGGCUUGGGUAUUAAAAAGGCUUCUCUUAUGAAUCAAGCCAUGUUAUCUAAAGCUAGUUGGAGAAUUGUUGCUGGGGAUUUUGGUCUCUGGAUUGCUAUGCUAAGGAAAAAGUACUUGAGGGGUAGUUAUUGA